CGACUUUUUGCUGUCACUCUCCAAAAGUCAGUUUGUUUACGUUCGCUUGCAAGCCGCUAAAAAAUGGGUAAAAGUGAGAAAAAAUCAAAGAAAAAGCACAAGGAAAAGCGCAAGGAGCACAAGGAGAAGCACAAGUCGAGGAAAUCGAAGAAGCACAGCCGGAAAAAGGAGGAAUCCCCUCCGCCAGCUCCACCACCACAGAAGCAACCAGAAAAUGGCACCCAGGAGGCGGUGGAGGAGGAGGAGGACUUUGCCAUACCAAUAGCACUGAUGAACAGCAAAUCGCAUGCACCGGAGACUCCGGAGGAGUACCAGCGACGCCAGAGCCAGAUCCGCAGGGAGGUGGACCCAGUCACGGGUCGCAUCCGCCUCAUCAAGGGCGACAGCGAGGUGCUGGAGGAGAUUGUGACCAAGGAGCGCCACACGGAGAUCAACAAGAAGGCCACCCGCGGCGACGGGGAGUUCUACGAGGCCAAGUCUCUGGACGCAGCCAGGCGACGCAAAUAGCGGAUAACCAAAAAGCAAUAAUACUUAAUCGAUUUUAUGUCUUGUAGUAAUAAUUAAUAACUGUCAGUUUAAUUAAACAAAGGGCUAGCUAGCGACUAUAUGUACACGCGAAA